UUUGUUCCUUAAUUUUCAUUGGUACAUUUUUUUAACCAUUAACAUUUUAGCUAGUAUACUUUAGGCCUAUAGAUUAUUUUAAAAUAAUUUUCUGCUAAGCAUCUGGUGGAGGCAAAAAGAAAGAAAAACAAAAAAACAAAACAAAAAAAGAAAUCUGACUUUAAAAUCAUUGCAAGUCACUCUAAAUAACGGACAAAGAUAUUAAAUGAGAUCCUCAACACUUUGCACACUGCAGUCAUCCUCCUCUUUCUCGUAUUCUACUCUUGUCUCCUUUUUUACCUGCUGGUCCCCUGGCAUUUCAGUAUCUUGACACAAAGAUAUCUUUGUGCUCCAAGCAGUCACAAAGUGCUCAGAGUUUCGGCAUCAAGUUCCCUCAUCAGGGAAGAACAACAAGGGCACAUUGAACGGAUUAUACUUCUUGCUCUCCUCCAAUACCAUCGGUGCAAACAGAACGAGAGAGGGAGGGAGGGAAGACAGGUGUGCUCAGUCUGUAAUGAACUCAGUAUUAUAGGAUCAGAGUAAGACAGGCAUGGAUUACGUCUGUUUUCAUUAGUAUUAACAUCAUUGCUUGUGUUUCAAAUAAAAGACCAAGUCUGUGAAAGCGUUUGGGACUGUUCCUCAAACUUCAGGACGUGGUUUCUACAUUAUUCAUUAACCAAUCCGUCGUUAGCGGGAGGAGUCCCAACAGUGGACCUGAGGGACGGAUAGCAGUGUUUCACGAGUUCAGCGGAGCGUUUGACGACUCCAAUAGUCCGAGGUCCGGUGGGGGGCUUAUCGGGGAGGUCGACUCCGGUACAAGCGAGCGACAUGCUCCCUCCUCAGAGAAUCUCGUGCCGAGAGCGGAGAGCAUUUCACUGGCGGACCGCCUCACCAUGGACCACGUGUUUGAGAGUCACGUGUUGCAGUCGACUGCGGUUUAUGUGGUUCACUCUGAUGGUCCUGACUGUCCUCUGCGUAGCGCUGCAGAUGCUGGGAGUGGUCCGACAAGCCAGGAGCUCCAAGGUUUUGAAACUUGUGAGUGAACAGCUGGUCAGAAUGCCUGGGGAGAUCCAUAGACCCAUGAAACGUAAAGACUGGGAAAACCUAGAAAGCCUUUGGGCUGUCUCAACAACCAUCAUUGAGGAACCAGUCAACCAACACUCUUUCAUACAGAGAAGAGACAAAAGCGAAAACCCUCAUUCAGAAGAGGAACGGGAGCAAGUCUUGGAGGUUGCAAGAAAAAAGUUUACUAGCACUACCAAAGCAGUUCCACCAAUGGAGGCAAACAAACUCUUGACUGACCAAGUGGCUAAACUAUUUCCGCACCAGCCGCAGAGGCCAGUUAUCACCAAAAAUAACCAUGAAAUUCAAAAACCACCAGAGUCUGAUGACAAUACUGAUAAAUAUACAGUAAAAUCACAAGCUGUCACGUGUCAACCCAAAAACCACAUUGUCUUCCUCAAGACUCACAAGACUGCCAGCAGCACCAUAUUGAACAUUCUCUAUCGUUAUGGAGACAGCCAUAACUUGACAUUUGCCUUGCCGCUGAACAUGCACAGCCAGUUAUUUUACCCAGCAUUCUUUGCAGCACACUUUGUGGAGGGUGUCAGGACUCGAAGCGUGAAAGAGUUCCACAUCCUGUGCAAUCACAUGAGAUUCAGUUCACAAGAGGUGAGAAAGUUGAUGCCUAAGGACACAUUCUACUUCUCCAUUCUUCGGAAUCCGGUGGCAAUGAUGGAAUCCCUGUUUGUUUACUACAAAGCGAUCCCAGCAUUCCGUGUUGUCAAAAGCCUUGAGGAGUUCCUGAUCCAGGGUGGGCGGAGCUACAACGCUUCUGUGCCUAAUAACCACUAUGCCCGUAACAUUUUGACCUUUGACUUUGGUCUGGAUAAUACAGCACCUGAGAACGACACAGAGCUGGACAGACGUAGCGCCGAGGUCAUUGCUGCCGUGGAACGCGACUUUCCGCUGAUCCUCAUCUCAGAGUAUUUCGAUGAAUCACUGGUGCUUCUAAAACACGCCCUCUGCUGGUCACUGGAUGAUGUUUCAUCUUUCCGCCUCAACAGUCGCAGUGAACGCUCUCGCCGACCCUUAAGUGCAGAGACCACAGAGCGGGUAAAACAGUGGAAUUCACUAGACUGGCGAUUGUACCAACACUUUAAUGCCACUUUCUGGAAACGCAUAGACUCUACACUCGGACAUAUGAAGCUCCAAGAGGAAGUAGAGCUUCUGAGGGCAAAGAGGAUGAAGCUUGAGCAAAUGUGUUUACAGGAAGGAGGGGCAGUUGAUCCUGUGAAGGUUCAGGAUUCAUCAUUAAAGCCAUUUCAGUAUGGUGCAGCAGUUAUUCAAGGUUAUAACCUCCGACUGGGAUUAAAUAAUGACACUCGUCGGCUUUGUCAGAGGUUGAUUACACCUGAACUGCAGUAUACAUCAGCCUUGUACACCAAACAGUUCCCUCAGCUGGCAGCCGCACGUGCCGCUGCUGCAAAAAAGAUCGCAGCCUCCAGAAACAUUGCAACGCACAGAGCUGUUAAGCGCAAUAUCGAAACAAAUGCGCACGUAGCAGUGACAAACAAUACCUCACACAACAAUACAAAUAUAGCCAUUGCGGAUAAACAUAGCUUAAACAUUUUAGCUAAUUCUGUUGUUCAUAGUGAGAGACAAGACAAUUUUGAUGUUCACAGUGUAACAAAACAGUAUAAGAAUAAAGAAAUAAAAGGAAACUCAGAGAAACAUACCACACAAAAACACUUUAUAAACUCAAAGGUACCACAAGAAUCUGCUUUGUUGUGAUGAAUCAAUUGAUGAAAACUCAAAGGAGCAGUCAGAAAUUAAUAUAUUAAGGAGAUUUCACGUUGCAAAAAAGGUCAGUGUUGUAUCGUAAUUAGUGUAGUGAUGUAUGAAGCAUAGCUCACACAGAAGUCACUUUCAAACCAAGCAGCUUUCUGUCUGUCAAAGCGGGAGAAAUCUGCGUAAACUUUUUCGCCCUCACGCUUGACUCCUGAUCACAUAGAUUCCAAUUGAAAUAACUGGAUUUAAAUGACUGCGAAAUUUCUCAGAGUAACAGUCAGUGCCGUCCCAAGCAUGGUGCGAGGCCAAGUGUGAGUUAGAGGAAGCGAGGCCCUCCUCGGGCGGUCAGUAAGCAUUCCCCACAGACAGGAAUGGCGACAAACUAAACAUUUUUUUUAAAUAUCCAUAUCUGAUCUAAGUAUUCAUUAGGGCCCAAGGAAAAUUAUUAAAAUAUUGUUUCUGCAUAUGAAUGACAUCCAUUAGCAAAACCAUGUCUGAUACUUGAUCAUUUUGGUUCUUAAAAUAUCACAGGAUAUGAUUAUAUGGUGUGAGACAAUAACAUGUCUUGCUUCCCUUGAUUGCACUUUCUAUUCUGAUAAGAAUCACCUUUUUUUUUUUUUUUUGAAAAUGACUUUCCAUUUUAGACCGGGUUAUAGAGCCUGUUCAGCUGUUUUAUGUGUUUUGGAAAAUGCAAACCUUUCUGUACCACACUGGCUAAAUAUGACUCUAAACCCAAUGGUUCAGGUUUCCAUUAUGAGUCAGAAGUUUAUAUAACAAGAAUAAAGUAUGUGUUUGACCUUUGCAAAAGUAUGAAUCCAGCUGAACAAGGUUUUUGUUGUAGCGCUAAUUGGAAAUUGAACUGUGACAGCAGUGUUGUAAAUAACUUGGAAUAUAUACAUAAUCUUUCUAAAUCCAGCUAUUUAUUUGGUACCAUGUGGCUUUCAAAUAGAUUUGUUGUUACAUAUGACAUUGGAGAAAGUAGAAAAUAUGUCACUGACAAUUUCAGACUCAUGAAUGAAUCAGAGCCUAAUGCAAAAUACAUUGAAUGGAUCUUUUUUAGUGCUAUUUGCGACAUUCCAGUGUCUUUCUGAGCUGUCUCAGAAAUACAGCGGCCUCUAAAAGUAUUUUGACACUAAGGACACAAACUUAAAAAUGCAUGAGUUUGUCAGUGCUGUGGCAUAUUGUGCACAUGCUCAGGACAAAUAGCUCUCGGCUCAGGUUUGAGUCUGAUCUGGGUCAUGUCUUGAUCCCAUUUUCUCUUUCUCUCAUCUACAUUUUGCUGUCCUAUAAAUUAAGGCCCAAAAAUGAGCAGAAUGUAUGAACUUCAUUGUAUUAGAUAAAAAUAUCAAAUCCGCAAACAAAACUUCUCAGAAUUAAUUGGUGUUGAUGUGAUUUUUAUGAAGUUCAGUUUACAUAUACUCUUAAAUAAAGGUUACAAAAGGGGAGUGAACAGUUCUUUAAAGAACCAUGUUUUUGUUAGUGUGAAGAACUUUUUUAAUAAUCUUAAUAAUCUGGAGAACAUUUUUCAACUAUAAACAUCCUUUUGGGUAAUGGAAAGGUUCCAUGGAUGUAAAAGGUUCUUCAGGAAACCAUCAAUGCCAAUAAAGAACCUUUAUUUUCAAGAAUGUAUUAUGUGGCUACAUGUCGUCAAAAUACUUGUUUGUUCACACCAAGAAUGAUAAUGACAAAGAUAUACAGUAGUUCUAAACAUCAGCCUGAAAAUUUAGUCUUAACCCUAUUCCUACCCCUAAACCUAAUGCUACCCAUAACUUAUCCCUAAAAUCAGAGGGGAAAGAUAGGUGAAUAACAUUUAUGUAGAAGCACCUAACUCUGGUUGCAAG